UCUGGUCGGACGGCCCAUAAUUCCUUGCGCGACUACGAAACAGCAUAUAAUGGUGACGUCAGGUUGGGGAUCCUGGCUUCGGACUAUACGGAAACUCAACAUGUAUGUUUUAAAAUGCAAGAGACGUAGGAUAUGAGAUCGUGAUAUGGAGGACGGCCAAUGUGGGGGGGAUCUGGAAUACAUGAUCCAAGAUGAAGACACCCUUAUUGAGGGGGUCAGUAACCAGGUGCUUUUUGUUGUGGUGCUCAGUUUCGCUUUCCUUGGAGGCUUACUGACUUUACUCUGCAGGGAGGAACACCAGGACAUUCAUCCAGAGAACCAGGAGCACGUCCGAGCUGUUCGAGAACAGCUUCAGUCUGAGCAGGAUGAAAACCCUGCGGAAGCCAGGCAGCAGUAUUACACGGACAUGUCCUGCCCGGUUUGUCUGCAGCAGGCAGUGCUGCCCGUAGAGACCAACUGCGGACACCUCUUCUGUGGUCCCUGCAUCGUAGCCUACUGGAGGUAUGGAACCUGGCUGGGUGCUAUACACUGUCCCAUCUGCAGACAAAUGGUGACGCUGCUUUUCCCCCUGUUCCAGGAGCACGACUCCCCCCAGCGGGUCCAGGAUGGGGAAGCCGUGCCCCAGCUCAUCCACCGGGACAUCAACGACUACAACCGCAGGUUCUCAGGGCAGCCCCGAUCCACGCAGGCAGAGGGAGAACCUUGGGGUUCAAACCCCAAAAGUGAACUGGAGAAGCGCAGCAUGAAGACCCAACCUAUGCACCUUGUGGCUCUCCCUCCCGCUCAGCUGGUGGACCGCCUGCGAGACGUGCCCACGCUGCUGCGCCACGCCUUCAGGGAGCUCUUCUCCAUGGGAGGCCUCUUCUGGAUGUUCCGCAUCCGGAUCCUGCUGUGCCUGGUGGGCGCCCUCACCUACCUGGUGUCCCCGCUGGACUUCCUGCCCGAGGCCCUGUUCGGCCUGCUGGGCUUCAUGGACGACUUCCUAGUCAUCCUGCUCCUCUUCGUCUACAUCUCCAUCAUGUACAGGGAGGUGGUGACGCAAAGGCUCAACGGCUGAGCGGGGGGGAUGGGGGAGACGUCCCGUGGGCGAUGAUCUCGACGUUACCCCGACACGGAAGGAGAACUACAAAUGAGACUGGAAGAAUCCCAGCGGAGGAUGAAUCUCUUGCGACUGGUUAUUGUUUUGUUUUGAGGGAUUGGAGUUUGAGGUUUUUUUUUCCACAUCAGUAUGUACAAUCCAUGUACACAGAUGCCGCAAUACCUGGUGUUGUAACCUGGAUGUCUGUCUAAACAAUACUGCAUUGUAAUCCAUUUUUCCACACUGGUCAUUUCGAUACUUUUGUCAUCCAUUUUUUGACAGCAUGUUGGACAACAAGGCAAAUACUGAAUGAAACAUAUCGCAGCUGGCACAUUGUGUUUUGUAUGAAAAUGCAUUUAUUGCAAUAUAAACUAAUGUGAAUUAUUCUAAUUGUACUUAACUUGAAUUUGGCAUACUGGCAUCAUUCUGGUUUGAAUUUGCUAAUCUGAACAGGAUAUGUGUAGUGUGUUUGGUGCCUUGUUCAAACAUUUUUUUGAUGAAGAACAGUCUUUAUCAGAAACAGUGAUAUUACUCUGAAAUUAAAUAAGGCGGCUCUCUGUUGCUUUUUGGAAUGUAGGAGCAGAAUUAAAAACAAUUCAAAUGAUUCAGUAAAGUUAGUUUCAGUAAAAAGGUUGUGUGUUUUACCUUCACCCAGAUUAUCAAAAAAGGGGUAAAGAAACACAUGGGCUUGUUCCGUUUGGUAUCCUGAUGUUAGUGAAUUGGGGAGAGGGAAUCUUUAUUUGCAUGAUUAUUAUGCAUUUAUUAUGUUCAUUAUUAAACAAAUAAGGGAUUUCUUACCGAAAGUUUUUGCUGGUAACUGGUAGUACAUUGCAUUAAUUGAUUUGCAGCUGUUUAGUUUCUUCGUUUUAUAUGGAAAAUAAAAACUUGCGAUUGAUUGUAUUAUUAAAUAAUUUGUAACCUAACGGUCAGAAACUGGAAAAAAAUAAUAAUUAAGCAAUCAUACAAUCAAUUAUGAUUGUGUAAGACGUGACACUUAUGAAUGAUGAGUGAUAAGUUUAUGAAGCCAAACUUGCGGUUGUUCAUUGGAACCUUCCUAGACAGCCGCCAUUGGAUGUUAUGGCUUACGUCACAGUGGGAUUUAUUGAUUGUAUGCGCGUGCAACAUACGAUUAUACUGGUGAUGUUGAUGUCAUACACAUUUCAUAAGAAUAAAUUAAUAAGGAUAAAUGUA